GCUCAACCCUACCGAAAUUGGAGAUAAACCCCAACCUGGGAACCCCAAACUGGAACCUUGACCUAGAAACCUAAUGUUAACCUAGAAAACCUUGCCCUAUUGAACUACAUGCUAUGAGCUCUACGUGCCUAAGGUUGGAUUUGAGUUUUUUUGGAUUUGGAUUUUGGAGCUUGUAACAGAACAAAUUGAUUUCAAUUCGUCAAUCUGAUUAGGCCAUCUCCAACUUUAUCUCCUACAACAACUACGACUAUUACUCUCACUAUCACUAUCACUAUUGCUACCUAGAGCACACGUACAUCCCAUGAAUUGCCACCUAGCCUAAUAGAGGUCCUUCGGCUUCCAUUAUGGACCACCACUCCAUCCUUGGCCAAGAUAUAUCGAGCUUCGAUCUGACUUCAACCCAUCGACUACCUACCGUUUCGGCAGCACAGGCCCUGGAUGAUCUUGGAACUAACCCUCAGCGGUUUAUUUCGACGAGUCUCCCGCUUUUUGAUCGAGCCCUCAAUUAUGUCAUUGGUGAGCCUAGUAGUGCCUCACCUUGUCCUGGUGGCUUGCAGAAGGGCCAGGUAGUGGAGGUCUGGGGCCCACCAGGGUCCGGGAAAACUGCUUUUGGGAUUCAACUUGCUGCAAACACCCUCCGCCGGGGCGGUGAAAAGGUGAUCUGGGUAGAUGGGUUCCAUCCGGUCUCGCCUACCAGGUUACGUGAAGUAAUCACAUCAUCCCGAUAUAAGUCGUCACAAUCUGAUGUGACGCCUUCGAUCACGGGCCAGACAGAUAACUUGCUCCAUUUCCGAGCACCAACUCUGGCGCAUCUCAUCGGACUCCUCUGCAAACCUACCUCAACGGCGAUACCCGCCGAGACAUCUCUCAUCGUAAUAGAUACCUUAUCCAGUCUGGUGAAUCAUGCCUUUCCCAAGAGCUUCGAGACCAGGAAGACCCAGAAAGGACCAGGGCCUUCGGCUAAAAGAUUACACAUCCUGCAGUUUUUGAUUUCGACCCUCCAGAAGCUUGCUGCUACCAAGGACCUUUGUGUUGUCAUUUUGUCUCAGUGCGCUACCAGGAUGCAAUUUGAACAUGGCGCUACGCUUACUCCUGCCAUUAAUGCUGGCACGUGGGAGCAAGGAAUUUCUACUCGCCUGGUUCUCUUUAGGGAUUGGGCUAUGAAGAGUGAUUCCGAGCACAAUGUUCAUUUUAUUGGCAUACAGAAAUUGAAUGGCAAGUCAAGUCCAGGGGGCAUUGGUCAAGUCUUCGCUUUCGAUGUCCAAAACGAUGGACUCGUUAGCGUUGACCAAGAUGGAGAUGCAUAUUUGGCUCUAUCGCCAGGCUCCCAUCUUAAGCGAAAGCUGAGUCAAACAGAUUUUGAAGUCCCUGAUAGUGAAGGCGAAGACUAUGGCUGGGAAGACGAUGAUGAGCUAGAGAUGCCGAGAUUGCCGCCGCAGUGGCAAGGCAGUGAGGAUAUCCUUCUCGGCCAGAUAGAAGAUGACGAAACCCACAUUGAUUCGGAUUUAGGAGAUCAAUUGCCUUUACUAGAGGAGACUACAGAUUUGGCUAUUGCUGGGGAUGCUGGGGAUGCCUCUAGUGUAGAUGAUACCGAUUACUGAUGUCUACGGGACCCCUAAUUCAUAGUGCAAGGGGUUAGUCUAAUUUGGUAUAUCAAUGUGAGGCGCUCGGUUCACGAUAGGACUCCAUUAUAAAAAAAACAUCAACUGGCUUUUUUUUUUUCUUUGGUUCCACUGGGGGCUCAACCCAUCCAGCAAAAGGGGGGCCAUUAAAACCGGCCAAAUGUCGGCGGCUUCCUUAAUGUUUCUAGCCUCAAGGGGUCGGCGGUCGCCACUCCACACUUCGGUCCUUCGCGGCCAAUUUUUCUUAUUGAGCAGGUAUGCCUCAAUGAUGCCUUCGGAGAAACCGGGGUUCACGAUUACUGUUUUUUUUCAACGAGAAAACGGUGAGAGUGAAAAAAAAAAGUACACGCCAUGGAUUGGAUCGGAUCGCCUUUAAAUUUUUUUUCUUUCCAAAACAUGGCAAUGUCCUAAAUAUUCCCAUAGUGGAACUGAAGGGAUUUUGCACAAUACGUUACUUCCACGCAUGUUGCAUGAUUAUCUCAACGUCUGUCUGUAUGUAGUUAUCAAUGCAUGGGUUUUCUUGUUCUGGUUCUGGCUGAUAAGGACACACCCCUUGUCGCCGACUACCUACACUGAAGGUACUGAUAUGACUAUAGUUAUUUCAUAUAACUAGGUACGUACGUACUAUAGAGUGUGUAAGUACGAUGUAGGCUGUUAGGUAUGUAAGUAGUUAUGUCAGU